AUGGCUGAUACAACACCCGAUGUUUCACAUCAAGAUCAAUUGUCAAUUUGUUUAUCAUACGUAGACCCUUUUGAAGAAAUCUCUGAAAGAUUAGUAGCAGUGUGUGAAGCUUUUGAUAAAACUGGUCUUAUGACUGCCAGUAGCAUGUCUAGUAAGAUUAAGGAAACCCAGCAGAAACUAUCUGAUCUGGUUGUUGAUCAUAUAAUUUAUUUUAUUCCUUGUCAGGCAAAUCGAGUUAAUACUUUCUUGGAACACAGUUGUGAUAAUAUUUAUUCCUUUUUUUCCGCAUCUACCUAUCGUUGGGACGUGUUGGAUCAAUGCUUAUCCAAACCUGAUAAUGUAACUGUUAAAAGAUUAUCUGAUAUCCGAUGGGCGGCUAGAUAUGAGGCUUGUUUAAGUUUAUCACGACUGUUGAAAAAGAUGAAAAGCUUAGAAAUGGGUAUUCUGGUAUCAGUAUGGAAUGAUAUUUUAGAGAGAAACAGCUUUUCACAUUAUGAAAAACUUGGCAUAGAAAAAACUGGAACUAUAGAAUAUAAAGUUUCCCGUACAAAAAAAAGAAAAAUGCCUUUUGAUGAAUCUUCUCAAGGUGAUACAACAUUCGUAGAGUUGAGAAAGCGUUUAAACUCUUAUGAAAAAAUUAAUAUUUCAUUUGGAUUUUUGUUUAACAUUACUGAGUUGUCAGUAUUAGAAGUAAGACAAAAAGCUGAAGAGUUACAAAAACAAUAUCCUCAAGAUCUGGAUAUAUCGUUUAUGAAUGAAUGUAUUCAUUUUCGUAGUUACUUAAAAGGCUUACCAGAAAGCGUGUCCACAAAAUCGGUGCUUUAUUUAUGUAAAGUCAUGAAAGAUGAUAAUUUACAAGAUGUUUACCCAUAUGUUAAUAUUGCAUUGCGAAUGUUUUUGUGUGUUCCUGCAUCAAAUACUUUAGCAGAGCGUUCAUUUAGUACUCUUAAAAGAGUUAAAACAUACCUUAGAUCUUCCGUGAAUGAUAAUCGUUUAAACUCUUUGGCGAUUCUAAAUAUUGAAUCACAGUUGACAAAUUCAUUAAACUAUGAUGAAAUAAUUGAAGAUUUUGCAAGAUCAAAUGCGCGACGAAAAAAAAUUAAUUGA